AUGAUCAUUCCGAUCGCCCAGGUCCUGGCAACGAUCCGUGUUUUGCUGCACUAUGUUUGCCCGGAGAGAAUGAUCAAGAGGUGGUUUGAUUGGCUAUUUGCCUGCAUUUUGUUCCUCGAGGUUAUCGGAGUUGCGACCUGGAUUGGAGUCACGGCGUCCUGGUGCAUCCUUGCCACCAUUUUGUCACCGGUCAAGUAUUUGCCAUACGGCACUGCAGUGAUAAUUUUUGGUGUUGUGGUGGUGACUCUUUGGAAGGAGAUGAAUGACGCUGCUUUCGCCAUGAGGAAAAAAGGCCUUCGCCAUGAUUGA